AUGGCUUUCCAAAACUACAGCUUGUUUGUUCUAUCUGUCAUCAUGAUUUCUUUUGGACAUGUUGAAAAUAGAUUGAAUCUGCUUCAACUUCAAAAUGAUAUAGACAAACUGAAAGCUGAUUUUAACUCAAGUCAUUCUGAUGUAGCUGAUGGCGGACCUAUUUUUACGGAGAGGCUGAAAAGCUGGACAGAGAGAAAUGAAAAGGAGAUCAUCCUGAGUCAGAUUAUUUCCAUGUACUUGGAAAUGCUUGAAAGCACUGACAGGUCAAAGGAUCAUGUCAGGAACAUAACUGAGGAGCUCUAUACUCUGAAAAAAAGCCUUUCUGAUGGCUCAAAGAAGAUGGAAGAUCUCAAGGACCUGACAAAACUUCGGAUGAGUGACUUGAAAGUUCAGCGCAAGGCCGUAAAUGAGCUGUUCAGCGUCUUACAGAAACUGGGGGAUACCUCAAGUUCUCACAAAAGGAAAAGAAGCCAGUUUCAGAGGCUGUGCAGAUGCUAAUGCCAUCUCAGGAUCUUCUGUACUGAGCUACUGUGCAAAUCUUGUUGGGACAAGAUUUUUUUUAUUUCAAUCUUUUAAUUGAUUUUUUAUACAUUUAUUUAUUAAUA